CUGAAGCUACUGCUGGGGGACUAGGGGCUCACCUUCAGCGUGUCCCCGACCUCACUGGGGUUUCUGUUUUAUUUGCCACAGGGUGGGGAGACCAAGACCCUGUUGGUCUCCCCAUGCCCCCUUCAACUAUCUAUCUCCUUUGUGCCAGCUCAGUAAGGAUUUGCUUUCCCUCACUCCACUGAAAGUGGUUUAUUUCCUCCAAGUUUAAGGCGACUCCAGGAUAUCAAGAUGGAUUAUAGUUCUUACAGCGGAGUCCCAAGGUUCUUGACCAGGCCUAAGGCCUUUGUGGUGUCCAUGGGGAAAGAUGCUACCCUGAGCUGCCAGAUUAUUGGAAACCCCAUCCCACUAGUGAGUUGGGAGAAGGAUAAACUUCCUAUCCAGACGGGGGGAAGGUUUAAAAUGGUGGAAGAUGGUGAUCUAUAUCGUUUAACGAUUUAUGACUUAAACCUGGAGGACAGUGGCCAAUAUAUCUGCAGGGCCAAGAACACCAUUGGAGAAGCUUUUGCUGCUGUCAGCAUCAAAGUUGGGGAGAAAACCACUGUGACUGAAUCGGCCCCUUACUUCAUCCAGAAGCCGACUUCUAUUAGAGUGAUCAUGGGAGAAGAUGCUAUGUUCAAGUGCAUUGUUCAGGGCAGCCCUCCCCUUUCUGUCAACUGGGAGAAAGAUGGACGGCACCUGGGAGGGAGGACAGAGUCCAACCGCAUCCAGAUUGAGUCCCAGGGAGAGAAAAAUGCCCUCAAGAUCCAAAGUACUCGGUUGGUGGACAGUGGGACAUACACUUGCCGUGCCGAGAAUCCUCUUGGAGCCACCAGUGCGGCGGCUGCACUGGUGGUUGAUACACCAGAUUCUUGCAGCCCAGGUGGCACCAGACACAAUAUAGACAUGGGCUAUAGCAAGACUUCUCCACUGCUAUCACACAUGCAAAAAAGGCGGGAAGAAAUCAGGAAGACAGACUUAACCACCACAGACUCCAUGAUCUCCACAGCGUUCUCCACAGAAGGACGGUCAAAACUUGGCCUGAGUCUCUCCCUUGAUUAUGAGAGGGCUGCUAGUUUGACUGCCAAGAGCUUUCGGAGUGAUGGUUCCUCCUAUGGUGCAACAACACGUACUUUCACCGUUACUGAGGGUAAACAUGCCAAGAUGAGCUGCUAUGUGACAGGAGAACCCAAGCCAGAGAUAGUUUGGAAGAAAGAUGGUGAAGUUAUCCUUGAAGGGCGGAGGCAUAUCAUCUAUGAGGAUGAGCAGGAGAACUUUGUGUUGAAGAUCCUCUUCUGCAAGCAGGUUGAUAAUGGUCUCUAUACUUGCACAGCUUCCAACCUGGCGGGGCAGACAUACAGUUCUGUGCUGGUCACAGUCAAAGAACCGAGAAUACCUUUCAAGUCGAAACUAAGAGAUCUGGAAGUUCGAGAGAAAGAAUCAGCCACCUUCCAGUGCGAGGUGCCUCUUGUCAGCACAGAAACCACCUGGUUCAAGGAAGAGACGAAACUUCAGCAGAGCCAGAAGUACAACAUUGAAGAACAAGGCACGCAUCGGAAGCUCACCGUUCAGAAUGUUACCAUGGAUGAUGAUGCUGUCUAUAUCUGUGAAAUGAAAGAAGGUAGCAGAACCAUUGCAGAACUGAGCGUCCAAGGAAAUAUUAUCAAGAAAUUGCCCAGAAAGACUGCUGUCAGUGUAAAAGACACUGCUAUAUUCUGUGUGGAACUGGAAAACAAGUGCCAGAAAUUCCGGUGGCUGAAGAACAAGGAAGAAUUGAAACCCAACAGCCGAAUCGUCAUCACCUCAUCUGGCAAAGAAUACAGCAUGAUAAUCCGAGACUGCAAAAUGGAGGAUUCGGGUGAGAUUGUAUUUGUGGCUGAUGAGUGCAGAACAUCCACUCAGUUUACGGUAUCUGCUCCAAAGAAGCCUCCAUCUCAUCCCCCAGUUGACCCAGUGGUGAAAAAUAAAACAGAAACCUCAGUGACGUUAGCCUGGUCCUCUCCUAAGAUGGAGCGCCCCAUCCCUAUUGACGGAUACCUAGUGGAACGUAAGAAAUUGACUGGAUUCACCUGGCUGAAGUGCCAUGAAUCCCUCAUUCCUGAAACUGAGUUCACAGUAAACAACCUCGAAGAGGCUGACUAUCAAUUCCGAGUGUGUGCAGUCAACAAUUAUGGCCAGAGCGACUACCUUGAGUUCCCAGGAACCUUGCAUCUCGAACCAGUAUUGGCAGUAAGAAGCUCUCUGAAGAAUGUGGAAGUGGCACCGGGCAGGGAUGCCAUCUUUACUGUUGACCUCACUAACACUUGUUCUGGCUUAUGGUAUAUUAAUGGCAACGUUGUACAGAACAGUGACAAAUACAUCAUUACAAGGACCAGGACAACCCACAGCCUCACAGUUAAGAGGGUCACAAGUGCUUUUAAAGAGGCAGAGGUGAAAUUUGUUGCCAAUAAUCUUGAAAGCACCGCCAAGAUAAGUUUGAAAGAUGAAGUGGCCAAGUUUGUCGACCAGUCAGUUCCUGGGAUUUCUGUCAAGCUCUUGGAACCGUUUGAGCUGGUGUGUGAGGUGUCAUCGCCCCACGACCUCGCUGUCUGGAGGAAAGAGAAAAAAGAGAUUAGGCCAGACCAGAGAGUGACAUUUACCUCUCAAGGAACAUACCGGAAACUUGUGGUCAACAGUGCAAUGCAACAUGACAAAGGGAUCUAUACUUGUGAAACUAAAGAUGACAAGUUAACAUUCCAUGUUGAUGUCAGAGAACCUGAGCCAGUAUUUGCCAAUAAGGAGAAGGUGCAGAAAGAGAUCAACGCUGUCCUUUCAGAGAAUGCCUCCCUCAUCUGUGAGGUGGCCCAGGCUACGACAGAAGUGAAGUGGCUCAAGGAUGGUCAACUUAUCAUACCCAGCCGGAAAUUCAAGGUAGAAACUGAAGGUAAAACCCGGCGGCUGACUGUGCAGCAGGUGGAGAAGAGAGAUGCCGGCGAAUACACCUGUGAGGCCAUGGGCCAAAAACUGAUCUUCAAAGUUGUCGUUACAGAAGCAAAAGCUGAAGAGGUGUUUGCCAAUAAAGAGAAGAUACAGAAAGAAGUCAAGGCUGCCCUUUCAGAAAACGCCUCCCUCAGCUGCGAGGUGGCCCAGGCCAAGACAGAAGUGAAGUGGUUCAAGGAUGGGAAAUCUAUCACUUCCAGUAAGAAAUUCAAGAUAGAAUCUGAAGGCAAAAACCGGCAGCUGGUUGUGCAGCAGGUGGAGAAGAAAGAUGCUGGCGAAUACACCUGUGAAGCAGCAGGCCAAAAACUGACCUUCAAAGUUGUCGUUACAGAAGCAGAAGCUGUUGACAUAUUUGCCAAUAAGGAGAAGGUGCAGAAAGAAGUCAAGGCUACCCUCUCAGAAAAUGCUUCCCUCAGUUGCGAGGUGGCCCAAGCCAAGACAGAAGUCAAGUGGUUCAAGGAUGGUAAAUCUAUAACCUCCAAUAAGAAAUUCAAGGUAGAAGCUGAAGGUAAAACCCGCUGGUUGGUUGUGCAACAGGUGGAGAAGAAAGAUGCUGGUGAAUACACCUGUGAGGCUGCUGGCCAAAAGCUGACCUACAAAGUCAUUGUCACAGAAGCGGAAGCUGAAGAGGUAUUCUCCAACAAAGAGAAGAUACAGAAAGAGAUCAAGGCCACCCUUUCAGAAAAUGCCUCUCUGAGCUGUGAGGUGGCCCAGGCCAAGACAGAAGUGAAAUGGUUCAGGGAUGGGAAAUCUAUCACCUCCAAUAAGAAAUUCAAGGUAGAAACUGAAGGCAAAAUUCAGCGCCUAAUUGUGCAGCAGGUGGAGAAGAAAGAUGCCGGCGAAUACACCUGUGAGGCUGCUGGCCAGAAACUCUCCUUCAAAGUCAUUGUUACAGCAGAAGUUGAAGAGGUGUUUGCCAACAAGGAGAAAUUACAGAAAGAGGUGAAGGCUGCCCUUUCAGAAAACACCUCCCUCAGCUGUGAGGUGGCUCAGGCCAAGACAGAGUUGAAGUGGUUCAAGGAUGGCAAAUCUAUCACCUCCAAUAAGAAAUUCAAGGUAGAAUCCGAAGGCAAAACCCGGCGGUUGAUUGUGCAGCAGGUGGAGAAGAAAGAUGCUGGCGAGUACAUCUGUGAGGCCGGUGGGCAAAAGUUGACCUUCAAAGUCAUUGUUACAGAAGCAGAAGCUGAAGAGGUGUUUGUCAACAAGGAGAAGAUACAGAAAGAGGUCAAGGCUGCCCUUUCAGAAAAUGCCUCCUUGAGCUGUGAGGUGGCCCAAGCCAAGACAGAAGUGAAGUGGUUCAAAGAUGGGAAAUCUAUCACCUCCAAUAAGAAAAUAAAGGUUGAAUCAGAAGGCAAAACCCGGCGGUUGAUUGUGCAGCAGGUGGAGAAGAAAGAUGCAGGCGAAUACAUCUGUGAGGCUGCUGGCCAGAAACUCUCCUUCAAAGUCGUUGCUACAGAAAAGGAAGCCGAAGAUGUGUUUGCCCACAAGGAGAAGGUACAGAAAGAGGUCAAGGCUGCAUUUACAGAGAGUGCCUCCCUUUGCUGUGAGGUGUCUCAGGCUAAGACGGAAGUGAAGUGGUUCAAGGAUGGUAAAUCAAUCACAUCCAGCAAGAAAUUCAAGGUAGAAUCCGAAGGCAAAACCCGGCGGUUGAUUGUGCAGCAGGUGGAGAAGAAAGAUGCCGGCGAGUACAUCUGUGAGGCUGCUGGCCAAAAACUGUCCUUCCAAGUCAUUGCUACAGAAGCAAAAGCUGAAGAGGUGUUUACCAACAAGGAGAAGGUACAGAAAGAGGUCAAGGCUGUCUUUUCAGAAAAUGCCUCCCUCAGCUGUGAGGUGGCCCAGGCCAAGACAGAAGUGAAAUGGUUCAAGGAUGGCAAAUCUAUCACUGCCAGUAAGAAAUUCAAGAUAGAAUCUGAAGGCAGAACCCGGCGGUUGAUUGUGCAGCAGGUAGAGAACAAAGACGCUGGUGAAUACGCCUGUGAUGCUGCUGGCCAAAAACUUACCUUCAAGGUCACUGUUACAGAAGCAGAAGUUGAUGAAUUUGCCAACAAGGAGAAAGUAAAGAGAGAAGUCAAGGCUGUCCUUUCAGAGAACUCUUUCCUCAGCUGUGAGGUGGCCCAGGCCAAGACAGAAGUGAAGUGGUUUAGGGAUGGGAAACCAAUCACACCCAACAAAAAAUUCAAGAUAGAAACUGAAGGCAAAACCCGGCGGUUGGUUGUGCAGCAAGUGGAGAAGAAAGAUGCUGGCGAGUACAUUUGUGAAGCUGGCAACCAGAAACUGACCUUCAGACUUAAUGUUGCAGAGCACGAGGCAGCAGUUGUAUUUGUACACAAGGAGAAGGUACAGAAGGAAGUCAAGGCUGUGGUGAAGGAGAGCACUGCUUUGGUCUGUGAGGUGGCCACCUCUGAUACACAAGUGAAAUGGUACAAAGACGGGAAACCACUCAGUCCCAGCAAAAAAAUCAAGACAGAGUCUGUCGGCACCUCCCGGAAGCUGGUUGUGGAGCAGGUGGAGAAGAAAGAUGCUGGGGAAUAUGUCUGUGAAGCUGCUGGCCAGAAACUGACUUUCAAGGUGGAGGCCGUUGAAAUCCCAGUGAAGUUUGCCAAGACACUGGAGCCUGUUAAGGCCGAGAUUGGAGGGACCCUGACUCUGAAUUGUGAACUCAGUCAUCCUGGAGGUGAGGUGGUCUGGCGCAAGGAUGGAGUGGAGCUCAAAGCUAACAAGCGCUACCAGAUGCGUGAGAUUGGUGAGAAGAGGGUCCUGAUCAUCACAGGCCUCCGGGCAGAAGACAAAGGAGAUUACUGCUGUGAAACCAAGGAUGACAAAUGCAGUGUUCGUGUCACCCCCACAGCUCCAAGAGUGGUGAAGUUUGUCAAAGGCCUCCACAAUAUAGUAGGUGAAGAAGGCAAGGAGGCUGUUUUCAAGUGCAUCAUCUCCCCUAGUGAUGCUGCCAUCACAUGGAGCCGAAAUGGAGCCAAAAUUGAAGCCAGCAAGAAAUAUGUCAUCUCUCAGAAAGAUGCAAACCACAGCCUCACCAUCACUGACUUGACUCUGAAGGAUGCUGGUGAAAUUUCAGCAGAAGCAGAAGGAGUGGAAAGCAAGGCAACCCUCAAGGUGGAAGAGACACCAGUGGUAUUUGUGAAGAAACUUGAGGCCAAAACUGUUGAGGAGAAGGAGACUGUGACUCUUGAAGUGGAGCUGUCAAAGCCAAGCGUGGAAGUGAAAUGGAUGAAGAAUGGCAGUGUGCUCCAUUCGGGUGGCAACAUGGAGAUCAUGGCCCAAGGGACGAAACACAGCCUGGUAAUUAAGAGUGCUGUCAGCACGGACCGUGGUUUUUACUCCUGUGAGACCCUCCAUGACAAGACCCAGGCAAAAGUAGCUGUGGAAAUGAGGCCUAUCAAGCUGGUGAAGGGCCUGCAGCAGACGGAGAUCCAUGAGACAGAAGCCGUCACCUUUGAGGUGGAGUUGUCCCAUGAGAAUGUGGAAGCAGUCUGGAUGAAGGAUGGCCUGAGGCUGAAAGCAAAGGACAACUGCUGCAUUAGUGCCCAGGGGAAGAAGCAUUCACUGACCCUUUCUUCCCUUGCGAUUGAGGACUCGGGUCUUAUCUCCUUUAAGGCAGAAGGUGUUCUCUCAACAGGCAGACUUAUCGUGACAGAACGGCCAGUGAAAAUAAUCAAACCUUUGGUAGAUAUCAAAGCUGAGAACAAAGAUGAUGUAACCUUUGAGUGUGAACUUUCCAGGCCUAAUGCGGAAGUGAAAUGGCAAAAGGAUGGAGUUCUGCUACGACCAAAUAAAAAAUGGGUAAUGGUUGCCCGAGGGAUGAAGAGGAGCCUCACAAUUCACAAAUGUGAAUUUGAAGACCAAGGAAAAUAUACGUGUGACGCUUCUGAUGACAAGAGUUCGGCUGCCUUGGAGAUCAAGGCCCGAGAUAUCAAGAUUGUGAAGCCGUUAGAAGAUGUGGAAGUGAGUGAAAAAGAAAGUGCUUCUUUUCUGUGCGAGAUUUCACAUGAUGAUGUACAAACCCAGUGGUACAGCAAUGAAAACAAAAUCCGGGCUGGAGACAAUGUCAGGUUGCGUCAAGAAGGGAAGAGCUACGCCCUGGUCUACAGAAGUGUGGAGGUGGAGGAUUCUGCAGACAUCAAAUUUGUAGCAGAAACAGCAGAAUCUCGAGCAAAACUUAAAGUCAAAGAACUGCCUGUAAAGAUUGUAAAACCUCUCCGUGUUAAGAUUGCCAUUGAGAAACACAGAGGUUUUAUGGAGUGCAAAGUAUCUCGAGCAAAUGCCGAGGUCACGUGGUACAAGAACAAGCAGCAACUCCACCCUAGCCAAAAGUACGAGAUGGUGAGUGACGGGCUCUACAGGAAGCUCAUGAUCAAUGACACGGUGUUUGAAGAUGAAGACAUCUACACUUGUGACGCCAUUGACGAUAAAAGCAGUGCUCAGUUCUAUGUGGAAGAGCAAUCCAUUAAUAUCGUGAAGGAGCUGAGGGAUGUGGAGGUGACAGAGCCGGCAGAAGCCAGGUUUGAGUGUGAGAUCUCCAUUGACUCUGUGAAGCCCCCGAAGUGGUCUCUUCGAGGAGAGCUCCUUCAGGCCAGCAAGGAUAUUGUGCUGGAGCAAGAGAGGAGGAUUCACCGCCUGAUCCUGAGGAAGACUGAUGUGGACAUGACGGGCACCAUUCAGUUUGCGAUUGGCAAAGCCAAGUCUUUGGCCAACUUGGUUGUAAAAGAUCUUGAAGUGACCAUUACAAGGCAGCUAGAGGACAAGGUUGUUCAAGAAACCCAUUCAGUUGUCUUUUCCUGUGAUUUCAAGCCUUCUCCAAAGGUUAUCAAAUGGUACAAAGAUCACACCCCCAUCGAACCUUCGGAGAGAUUUAAACUAAAAAAUGAGAAAAAUACGGCAGAGCUCAAAAUCCUGAGGCUAGUGGUUGGAGAUUCUGGCCUGUACAAAUGCAAAGCCGGGAAUGUAGAGACGAAAGCCAUGCUGUCUGUUUUGGAACGCAAAGUGGACAUAACCAAACACCUACAGGAUAUGGAGAUUGAAGAGGAGAGCUGCGCCAUCUUCUCCUGUGAGCUCUCAGAGGACACGGAGGAUGUUGAAUGGUUCCUCAAUGAUACACAUCUCUUCCCCAACAACUUCAAUGAGAUCAAGAGGAUGGGCAAGUUGCACAGCCUGACUCUGAAACAUGUCAUGCCAGAAGAUGCUGGGACGGUGACAGUGAAGGUGCAGAAGAAGGUCUCCGAGAGUGUUCGGCUGAAAGUGAAAGAAAAGCCGGUUGUCUUCAUGAAAUCCUUGGAUGACGUUGUUGGAGAGGAGCGUAGCACAGUCAGUUUGGAGUGCGAGGUCUCCAAGCCGAAAGUCAAGCCCAUCUGGAAAAAAGAGGGCACGGAGCUCACCCCAGGAGACAAGUAUGAGAUGCUGCAAGCUGGCAAGACACUGGGUCUUGUCAUCCAUGACCUGAACAAGAGUGAUGCUGGCUUGUAUACGUGUGAUCUUGGUACAGAGAUUGCCAAGUCUAAAGUCAGCAUUCAAGAGCUUAACAUUGGCAUCACAAAACGCCUAAAGAGCAUUGAAGUCCUAGAAGGGGAGAGCUGCAGCUUUGAAUGCGUUCUCUCGCAUGAAAGUGUUGAAGACUGCCAUUGGCUAGUCAAUGGAUCGGAAAUAGGCCACGAUGGACGGUUUAGAGCAUUCAACAAAGGGCGGAAAUAUACACUCAACAUCAAAAAAACCCUGGCUUCAGAUGCUGGGGAGGUGGUUUUUUCUGUCCGCGACUUAAACUCCAAAGCUUCUUUGGUUGUGAAAGAAAAGCCAGCAGAAUUUACAAGGCAGCUGGAGGACAAGACAACAUCCGUGGGCCAAGAGGUGAGCCUGACGUGUGACUUAUCGAAGUGGGACAGCAACCUGAAGUGGCGCAAGGAUGGGAAAGAAAUCCGAAGGAGCCAGAAGUAUGACCUGCGGCAGGAAGGGAACCGGGCAAUCUUGAUCAUCCAUGAUGCCACUGUCAAGGAUAGCGGGGAAUACACGUGUGAGUCGGAAAUCUCCAAAACAAAAGCCACACUUACUGUGGAAGAAGCAGGAAAUUGUUUCACCAAAGACCUUUCAGACCUGAAGAUGGAUGAAAACAAAAAAGCCAUUUUUACUUGUGAAACCAAGAGGCCGGCUUCAGCUGUGACGUGGAGGAAAGGGAUUACCGAUAUUAAGGCAAGCAAAAAACAUGAGAUCAGCCAGAAGGGGAACAUUCUGCAACUCAUAGUGAAUGACUUAAAGGAAAGUGACAGUGACAUCUACACCUGCGACAUUGGCGAUACCCAAUCCAGUGCCAAGCUGGUUAUACAAGCCCUGCCAGUUCUUUUUGAACGACAACUCCAAAGCAGUGAGACUAAGGAAGGAAACAAGGUCCGGCUCACUUGCGAGCUUAGCAAACCGGACCUUCCAGUACAGUGGACCAAGGGGAAUGAAGUGCUCCAGGCUGGGGACAAGUAUGAGCUCAAGCAGCGUGGCACAGUGGCGGAGCUUGUCAUUCGGGACGCAAAGGCCACUGAUGCUGGGGAAUAUUCUUGCAGCAUCGGCGAGCUCAAGACUUCUGCACGUGUGGAAGUGGCGGCUGUGCCCGCCCUUUUCAAACAAGAACUUAAGGACACGGAGAAGGAAGAGGGGGCCGCUAUAGUUUUAAGCUGUGUACUCACUAAGCCCGAUGUUCCUGUGGCCUGGAAGAAAGGAACAACCGUUCUUCAGGCUAGUGAGAAGUACAGAAUGAAGCAGGAGGGGUGUGUGGCUGAACUGGUCAUUCACAAUGCCGAGCCAGAAGAUGCUGGGAAAUAUCUCUGUGACACUGGAGAUCAGCAGAGCACAGCUCAGGUCAAAAUCCAUGCUGUGCCUGUCCAUUUCAAAGAAGUACUAAAGAAUGUGGAAGCCACCCAAGGUGGGACAGUCACUCUGCACUGUGAGCUGAAUAAGUCUGCUCCAGUGGAGUGGAUGAAGGGACACAAAGGUCUAAGGCCCAGCAACAAAUACAGAGUGAAGAAAGAAGGAACCAUUGCUGAGUUGACGAUCCAUGACCUAGACCUAAAGGAUGCUGGGGAUUAUACAUGUACCUCUGGAGACCAAAAGACAACAGCUGUUUUAACUGUUAAUGCCUUGGCAGCACACUUCAAAACACAACUCAAGAAUGAGGAAGCAACAGAGAGUGGGACAGCCACUCUGCACUGUGAGCUGACGAAAGCCGUUGACUCUGUUGAGUGGAUGAAGGAUCAGAUGGUGCUGAAACAGAGCAACAAGUACAGAAUGAGACUAGAAGGGCGCUUUGCAGAACUCACCAUCCAAGAUCUGGAGCUGACAGAUGCUGGGAGUUACACCUGUGUGUGUGGAGAUCAGAAGACGACUGCAGCUUUAAAAGUGAAUGCACUGCCUGUGUUUUUCCAAGAAGAACUAAAAAGCAAGGAGGCUACAGAGGGUGAGACAACCACACUUCACUGCAGGUUGAGCAAGGCUGCCUCAGUGGAGUGGCAGAAAGGUCAGAGGGCACUCAAGCCAAGUGGCAAAUGCCAAAUAAAACAGGAAGGUCCAUGUGCUGAGCUGGCCAUCUGUGAUUUGGAUCUGGCAGAUUCUGGAGACUACACGUGUACAUGUGGGGGCCAGAAGACCACAGCUCACCUGACAGUGAAUGUCCUUCCUAUACUUUUCACCAAGCCCCUGAAAGAUGAAGAAGCUACAGAAGGCAAAAAUGUCACUCUGCGAUGCGAGCUGAACAAAGCCUCCACUGUUGUUGAGUGGAAGAAAGGACACAAGACCCUCAAGUCAGGCAGCAAGUAUAAAAUGAGAUGUGAAGGUGCCAUUGCUGAGCUGAUAAUCCAAAACCUGGAAGUAACAGAUUCUGGAAGUUAUAGUUGUAUAUCUGGAGAGCAGCAGACCAUGGCAUCCCUAGAAGUCAAGGCCCUGCCCGUGCUUUUCAAAGAAGGACUGAAGAAUAGGGAAGCUGUAGAAGGGGCUACAGCCACUCUGCGCUGUGAAAUGAACAAGAUUGGCGCUGAAGUGAAGUGGACUAAGGGAUCCCAAACUCUCAAGCAGACUGACAAGUACAGGAUGAGGCAGGAAGGUAUUGCAGCUGAACUGCUGAUUCGUGAUCUGCAAGUGGAGGAUACAGGAGAUUAUACCUGUGUUUGCGGAGACCAGAAGACAACGGCCAUCGUGACUGUCCAUGCACUGCCUGCACGUUUCCAAGAAGAGCUCAAAAGCAAAGAAGCUACAGAAGGUGGGCUGGCCACCCUGCACUGUGAAUUAAGCAAACCUGCCCCAGUGGAGUGGAGAAAGGGUGAAAGGCUGCUCAAGCCGAGUGACAAAUACAAAAUCAAGCUGAAGGAUAAUGUUGCAGAGCUGACCAUCCACGACAUCACAGAGCAGGAUGCUGGAGACUAUGCUUGCGUGUGCGGGGAUCAGAAGACUUCUGCAUCUCUAACUGUGCGUGCCCUCCCUCCACAUUUCAAAAAAGAGCUGAAGAACCUGGAGGCUGCAGAAGGGGGAGCCGCUACUCUGCACUGUGAGCUGACCAAGACUUCAGCUCCCGUGGAGUGGAGGAAGGGCAACCAGGUGCUCAAGCCAAGCAACAAAUAUGACAUGAAGCUGGAAGGCAUCCUGGCGGAGCUUGUCAUUCACAGCUUGCAACUGGCAGAUGCUGGAGAGUACAGCUGCGCGCUUGGUGACUUGAAGACUUCGGCUUCCUUAACAGUGAAUGCUCUCCCUGCCCUCUUCAAGAAAGGCAUGGAGAACAAAGAGGCCUCAGAAGGUGAGAGUGUGGCUUUCCACUGCGAGUUGACAAAAGCCGCUCCAGUAGAAUGGAGGAGGAAGCACAAGACACUCAAGCCGAGUGACAAAUAUGAAAUGAGCCAAGAAGGUGCUGUCUUGGAGCUUGUUAUCCUCAGGCUAGAACCUAAAGAUGCUGGAGACUAUUCCUGCAUGUGUGGUGACCAGAAGACCACUGCAACUCUGACAGUGCACGCCCUACCUGUGCUUUUCAAAGAAGAAUUAGAAAGUGCAGAAGCCACAGAAAGUGGGACAGCGACUCUGCACUGUGAGCUGAACAAGGGUGCUCCAGUGCAAUGGAAGAAGGGCAGCCAGUUGCUGGAGCCCAGCGAAAAAUACAAAAUGAAGCAGAAAGACACUGCGGUGGAGCUGGUGAUCUAUAACCUGGAAGAGGAUGAUUCCGGCAAUUAUACCUGCGUGUGUGGCAGCCAGCAAACCACAGCUGCUUUAACAGUUCAUGUUCUGCCAGCCCUCUUCCAAGAAGACCUGAAGGGUGAAGAAGCCAUGGAAGGUGGAACAGCCACUUUCUGCUGCAAACUGUCUAAGGUCGCUCCAGUGGAGUGGAUGAUGGGGCAGUGUUUGCUCCAGGAGAGUGCAAAAUACAAAAUGAGGCAGGAAGGCUCUGUUGUUAAGCUGGUGAUUCAAGAUGUGGAGCUGACUGAUAAUGCUGAAUAUACCUGCAUCUGUGGAGACUACAAGACAGCCGCUUCCUUGAUCGUGCAUGCCUUGCCUGCACGUUUCAAAUGCAACCUGAAGAACAUGGAAGCCACAGAAAGUGGUGUGGCCACACUGCACUGUGAGCUGACCAAGUCUGCACCAGUGGAAUGGAAGAAGGAGCACCAAGUGCUCCAAGCAAGUGAAAAGUAUGUCAUGAAGCAAGAAGGCGUCAGUGCAGAGCUGGUGAUCCAUGACCUGGAUCUUCAGGAUAUGGGAGACUACACCUGUAUAUGUGGAGACCAACAAACCACAGCUACUUUGGCAGUCAAUGCAAUCCCUCCAUUUUUCAUGGAAGAGCUAAAGAAUGAACAAAUUAUGGAAGGAGGAACAGUAACACUAUGCUGCAAGCUGAGCAAAGAUGCUCCAGUAGUAUGGAAGAAAGGACACAGCUUCCUUAAAGUGGGUGAAAAGUAUGCAAUGAUACAGAAGGGGGCUACUGCUGAGCUGGUUAUCCAUCAUGUAGAACUGCAGGACGCAGGAGAUUAUACCUGUGUUUGUGAGGACCAGAAGACAACAGCUGCUUUAACUGUGCAUGUCUUACCAGCCCUUUUCAAAGAGGAACUAAUGGACCAGGAGGUCACUGAAGGUGAGGCUGCUACUCUUUGCUGUAAGCUGACUAAGGUGGCACCAGUUGACUGGAGAAAGGGGCAGCUGAUUCUCAAACAGUGUGAGAAGUACACAAUAAAACAGGAAGGCACCAUUUCCAUGCUGCUGAUUCACAGUCCAGAUGAAAAGGAUGCUGGAGAGUAUACCUGUGUAUGUGGAGACCAGCAUACCACGGCUGACUUAAGAGUUAAUGCUUUGCCUGUCCUUUUCAAACAAGAGAUGCGCAGUCAAGAAGUCACAGAAGGUGACACAGUCACUCUGCGUUGUGAACUGACAAAGCCUGAUGCCUUGGUGGAGUGGAGUAAGGAGCAUGAAGUCCUCAGAGAAAGUGACAAGUGCUUCCUUAGGCAGGAGGGUCCAUUGGUUGAGCUGGUGAUCUCUGAUGUUGACCUGAAUGAUGCUGGAGAAUAUAUUUGCACCUGUGGAGGCCAGCAGACGACAGCCACUUUAACAGUCCAGGCCCUCCCACCACAAUUCAAAAUGGAACUGAAGGACGUGGGAGCCAUGGAAAGCGGAACAGUCACGUUGCACUGCGAGCUCACCAAAGGCGCUCCAGUGCAGUGGAUGAAGGAAGAAAAGACACUCGCAGAGAGCAACAAAUACCGAAUGAGACAGGAAGACACUGCUGCAGAGCUGGUGAUCCAUGAUUUAGACAUUCAGGAUGCUGGGCGUUACACCUGUAUAUGUGGAGAGCAGAAAACAGCAGCUGUCUUAACUGUCAAUGCCCUCCAGCCUGAAUUUAAGCAAAGGCUGAAGAACGAGAAAGCUGAAGCCGGUGGAAGAGCCCACUUUCGUUGUGAGGUCACAGUGGUUAAGGCACCAGUGGAGUGGAGGAAAGAUGGCGUGGUGCUUCAUGCUGGUUCCAAAUACGAAAUGAAACAGGAAGGUACCAGCCGGGAGCUACUUAUUCACAGCCUGGAGGCUAAAGACAGUGGAGAAUAUUCUUGCAUCACUGGGGAUCAAACUACAUCUGCAACGCUAACGGUGAAGGAACUUGACAUCACCAUCAUCAGGGGCCUGAAGAACGCCGAGGUGUUUGAAGAUGAAGAUGUGACCUUCGAGUGUAAAGUUUCUCACGAGAAUGCAAAGGACGUGGAGUGGAAGCUGCAGGAUGCCUCCCUCCAGAGCAAUGAGAUGAAUGAGAUCUCUGUCGAGCAAGGAAAGGUCCACACGUUGAGGCUGAGGAAGGUCACCCAGCAGGAUUCUGGGACCAUUACUUUCCGUGUUGGACCAUACACCUCCACGGCACAGCUCAAAGUGAAAGCCCCACUUCCCACCUUUAAGGAAGAACUAGUUAACAAGGAGCUUCAGGAGGACAGUACAGCUAUCCUGAAAUGCGAAAUCUCCCAGCCCAACAUUUCAGCAACAUGGAAGAAAGGUGCCCAGGUGAUUUCUCCAAGCUCCAAAUACGAAAUCAAGCAAGAAGGAACAAUACAUACCUUAAAGAUUUAUAAUUUAAAAACAGAGGACUCUGGUAAAUACAGCUGUGACAUCGGGCAUCAGAAAACCACAGCAACCUUAUCAGUUGAAGCUACUCCAGCCCUUUUUGAAGUCCUGCUAGAGAACCAAGAAGUUGAGGAAGGUGCAGUGGUCACCCUCCUUGCCCACCUCUCCAAGCCUAAUGUCCCUGUGAAGUGGAGUAAAGGCUCAGCCAAGCUGCGAGCCAGCAACAAGUAUGAGAUGAGACAAAAGGGCUCUGCAGUUGAGCUUCUCAUUCAUGAUGCACUGCCUGAGGACUCUGGAGACUACACCUGCGACUCUGGGGACCAUCAGACCACGGCAUCUUUGUUGGUCAAAGCUUUGCCAGUGCUUUUCAUUAAGCCACUUGAAAAUCAGGAAGGAGAAGAGGGUGGCACAGUCACCCUGAGCUGCGAGAUCACUAAACCUGCACCUGUACAGUGGAAAAAGGAAGGGUCCCUGCUGCGGCCCAGUGACAAGUACAGGAUGAAGCAAGUAGGCACUGAGGUGGAACUGGUCGUUUCCAGGCUGAGCACUGCUGAUGCCGGGGAGUACACCUGUGACACAGGGGACCAGAAGAUGACUGUAGUUCUGCUGGUGAAAGAAUCGCCAACCACCAUCAUAGAGGCACUGAAAGAUAUAACUUUGUAUGAAAGUGAAGAUGCAGUAUUCCAGUGCAAGGUCUCUCGGGAGAAGGCUAAGGAUGUUCAGUGGAGUCUGGGAAAUGUACCUCUCCAGUCCAACGAAAUGAAUGAGAUCCAGGUUCAAGGGAAGCUUCAUACGUUGACUCUCCGGAAGGUGACCCUUGAAGACUCUGGCUCUGUCGUGUUCAAAGUGGGUCAGAAUUCAUCUGAGGCCCAGCUGACUGUGCAACCUUCACCAGUAAUCUUCAUCAAGCAGUUGGAGAACAUGGACGUCGAUGAGAACAAGAUGGCCAUCUUCCGUUGUGUCCUCUCCAAGCCCAGUAUCCUUGUGGAAUGGAGGAAAGGCUCAUCCACAGUCCAGCCCAGCCAGAAGUUUGAAAUUAAGGUGGAAGGAACUGCCCACACUUUGACCAUUCAUGAUGUGGUUCCGGAAGAUGCAGGAGAAUAUAGCUGUAGUACAGCUGAAAGAAAGACCACGGCCAGACUCAAGGUUAAAGCUCUCCCUGUGCUUUUCAAGCGCCAUCUCCAAAACAAAGAGGUGGAGGCAGGGAACACGGUGUCCUUGCACUGUGAGCUGACAAAGCCCAUGGCUCCGCUUGUCUGGAAGAGAGGGAAUGUUGUGCUGCAGGCAAGUGAAAAGUAUGAGCUCAGGCAAGAAGGGACCUUAGCGGAGCUCCUCAUUUAUGAUGUGGAAGCUCAGGAUGCUGGAGAGUACACCUGUGAUUCACGAGACCAACAGACAACUGCCACUGUACAUGUCAAAGUUCUGCCAGUGCUCUUUAAAAAAGAGUUGCAGAAUGUGGAAUCGGAAACGGGGGGGAAAGCCAUCCUGCACUGUGAGAUCUCCAAGCCUGACGCUCCCGUCGAGUGGAGAAAAGGCUCCUUAGUUCUUCAGCCCAGUGCCAAAUACGAGAUGCGGCGUAGCGGCACCAGCAUCGAGCUGAUCAUUCAUGAUGUGGAGCCUGAGGACUGUGGGCCAUACACUUGCAGCACGGGAGAUGAGCUGUCGACGGGCUCCGUUUAUGUACAAGAAGAGGAAGCACAGCUUGUUUCUGAGUUAAAGAACACGGACGUCUUUGCAGGCGAAUCAGCCACUUUCACUUGUCAGAUUUCACGCUCCGGCGUACAAAACAUACAGUGGUGGCUGGAUGGAUCCCCUCUUCAGAGCAGCCCUGUCAACGAAAUCUCUGUGCGAGAUGGGAAAAUCCACACACUCACUCUAAAGGACCUGGGGCCUAAUGAUUCAGGAGUUGUGACCUUCAGGGCAGGCCCCCUCAUAUCUUCCGCUAAAUUAUUAAUCAAAGAUCCAACCAUUGAGGUGGUCAGUCCUAUGCAGGACCUUUCCGUUGAUGAAGAUGGCACAGCAGAGUUCAUCUGCCAAUACUCUAGGCCUGUGGAAGCCACAUGGAAGAAAAAUGACCAGGAGGUUCGCGCUGAUGGCCAACGGAUUGCAAUCGAACAGGACUGGAACGUGGCCAAGCUUAGAAUCAAGCCUGCACUUCCAGGGGAUACCGGCAUCUACUCUUGUGAAGCUGGAGGCACCAAAGUGGUGGCUAUGCUUGAUGUUCAAGCCAAGAACACGAUUGUCCAAGGCUUAGAGAAUGUUGACGCCAUGGAAGGGGGUGAAGCUCUGUUUGAGUGUUACCUUUCCAAACCAGAGUGCUACAAUUAUAACUGGUUGAUUGAUGACGAGCCUGUCAAGACCUCUGAGAACAUUGAGAUGGUUUAUUUCGAAAAUGGACUCCGGCAUCUCCUCCUCCUGAAGAACCUCAAGCUCCAGGACAGCUGCAGGGUGACUUUCCAGGCUAGUGAUGUGGUGACAUCGGCAUUCCUGACCGUGAAAGGAUGGCGCCUGGAAUUCUUGCAGCCAUUAAGAGACAUCACAGUCACUGCUGGAGACCGAGCUGUCUUCAGCUGUAUUUUGAGUGAAGCAGUUCCGGUUAACGAGGUUGCUUGGUACAUCAAUGAUGUGGAUAUCCAAGUGGAUGAAAACUGGGAAAUCCAAGCAGAAGAGAAUAGCUUCAAACUCAUACUGAAGAAAGCUCAACCGCAUCACUCAGGGGAGGUGACGUUCGCAGCAAGGGAUGCCAUUGCUUCAGCCAAGUUGUCUGUCAUAGAACCUACAGUCACUCGACCUUUGGUUGACAAGUCUGUUGUGGAAGGGGAGAAGACUCGUUUAGAAUGUGAAUUAUCCCAAGAAGCCCAUGAUGUGGUUUGGUUCAAAGGCAAAGAACCAGUCCAGCCUGGAGGGAAAUAUGAAAUCAUCUCAGAAGGCAAAAAGCAGACACUGGUCAUUCAUGGUUUUAAAGUUGAAGAUCAAGCAUUAUACACCUGCAUGGCUUCUCCUGAUAUCAAAACAUCUGCCAGUCUUUCUGUUGAAGUGCCAGUCUUAAAAGAGGCUGCUGAGGAAGCACCCAAGUCUAAUGAGGUAGGUGAGAUAGUAGAUGAACAGGUGCAACCCAGCUUACCCCCUGAAGCUGCUCAGGAGGGUGACCUCCACCUCCUGUGGGAAGCUCUUACCAAGAAGCGCAGGAUGAGUCGGGAGCCAACGCUGGAUUCAAUCAGUGAAUUGCCAGAAGAGGACGACAAACUUCAGAAGCGGAAGAAGGAAGAAGCUGAGGUGAGCCAGUACUAUUCAGAGGACUAUUCUACUUGCGAUGAGUCGGCUAAAGCAGGAGAAGCAGACUUUUCUUUCACCAGUUCAGAUGAUGAGUCAAGAGCUGGGACUCCUUCCUUGAUUAACUACCUCAAAAAGGCUAGCUCCUCCACUGUCAGCAGCAAAAUCCAGACUGUCUCUGCGGUGAAAAUCUCUAAACAGUGGGAAAAGACAAACACUGAGCCAGCUCUUCCUGCUAAGCCAGCGGAACCAGAGAUUGUAGAAGGAGACGUGGAUGACCCUUCCAUGGCUCAGGCAGCUGUGAAAAUCCAGGCAGCUUUCAAAGGGUACAAAGUGAGAAAAGAGAUCAAACAGCAAGAAUGCCCAGUUUUUGGUGAGACUUUCAAGGAUUUCUCUGGAGAACCUGGAAGUACCCUCCAUCUUGAAUGUGUGGCCCAAAGCAAAACAGAUAUGAAGGUCCGUUGGUUAAAAGAUGGUGUUGAAAUUUCAGAUGGACGCCAUUAUCAUAUAGACAAUUACAGUGAUGGGACCUGUUCCCUGAUUAUCACGGGCCUGGAAAUGAAUGAUGUAGGCAAGUAUAUCUGUGAGGUAUCCAAUAAAUUUGGGAAGGUCUCUCACAGUGCCAAGGUGAUGGUUGGCAUCCCUCCACAAGCAGCAGCACGUAAGCACAAGCCUUCCAAAAAGAUUCCUGAGAGCGAAACAGAGAGCUCUUCUGGCAGUGAGUUGGACGAUGCCUUCCGUAAGGCAGGGAGGAGGCUUCACAAGCUGUUCAAAUCUAAGAUCUCCACGGAGAUUUCAGAUGUAGAGGAGGAACUCUUUGUCAGUGCAGAUGAAGGAGAGAUAGAAGUGGUGGACCACCAGACCUACCGUGAAGAUGAGAGAUACAUCUACAUCAAGUUUGAAAUUAUGUUGGAGGCCAAAACAGCUGCCAGCCGGUUUAGAGAAAUGUUUGCUGCCAUGGGUAUUCCUGUUGAGAUUGACAUCUUGGAUCAAGGUGCCAAAAAGAUAGAAUUGCGCAUCGGGAAAGCCACACCGCCUGCCCCAGGACAACUUGGGACAUUGGUGAAACGACCACCACCUCCAUUGCUAACAUCUGAUACUGCUCCUAUCUUCAUAACUGAACUUCAAAACCAAGAGGUGCAGGAUGGCUAUCCUGUCAGUUUCGACUGUGUUGUUAUUGGUAAACCAACCCCCACUGUCCGGUGGUUCAAAGACGGGAGAGUUAUUGAAGAGGAUGAUCAUUACAUGAUCAACGAAGAUCAGGAAGGCUGCCACCAGCUGAUCAUCACUGCUGUGGUCCCUCUUGACAUGGGCGUGUACCGCUGUUUGGCUGAGAACAGCAUGGGCGUCUCUUCAACAAAAGCUGAGCUACGAGUAGACUUGACCAGUACCGAUUAUGAUACAGCUGCAGAUGCAACAGAGACCUCAUCAUACUACAGUGCCAAAGGGUAUCUCUCCAGCCGAGAACAAGAAGGAGCGGAAUCCAUGACUGAAGAAGAGCAGCUGCCGCAGAUCCUGGAUGAGCUUCAUGAUAUUCAUGUAGCUCCUGGAGCACCCUUGGCCAAGUUCCACCUGAAGGUGAAAGGUUAUCCAGAGCCUCGACUCUACUGGUUCAAGGAUGGCCAGCCACUGCAUGCAUCAGACCGAAUCCUAAAGACAGACAAGAGAGAGUUUCAUGCCCUUGAAGUUCUCAGUGUCAGCAAGGCGGAUGCUGGUCAAUACUCUGUGUUUAUUCGCAACUCUGCGGGUUCUGCAUAUUCAGCAGCCCGGUUGCUCGUCAGAGGUGCUGGAGAGGACGAAGAGAAAGUAGAAAAAGCUGUUCAUGAGCAGCUGGUACCACCACGAUUCCUGGAAAGAUUUACCAACAAAAAAGUGAGGAAAGGUGUCAGCAUUACCCUUUCUGUCAAAGUUGAAGGUAGUCCUCCACCCUCUGUGACUUGGUUGAAGGAGGAGUCCCACGGAGAAGACAUCCUCUGGAUCAAGUCCGACACUCCGGGUUAUAAACUUGCUAGUUCCAAUAUGCAACAUAGUCUAAUCUUGCUGGAUGUGAAAAAGGGAUACAGUGGAAACUAUACCUGCAUUGCUUCCAAUAAGGCUGGCCAGUCGAUCUGCAGUGCCUCCCUAGAAGUUCUGGAUGUGAAAGAGGCUGAGAGUCUGACCCAGGAACGUGUGAUGGUGACAGAGGCUAUAAUGACCUCACUUGGGUAUGAAGAAGACAAGGAAAGGAAAGAACAUGGAGUUGGGGUUUCUCCUGAAGCUAGGAAAGGGGAAGGGGAAGCUGUGAGGAGCCAUAUUUCACUUGCCGAGGUUGGGACCGAGGAAUUUCUCCAGAAACUGACAUCACAGAUCACAGAAAUGGUGUCUGCAAAGAUAAGUCAAGCCACACUUCGAGUCCCUGGAGCUGACAGCGAUGAUGAAUCAAAAACACCAUCCCCAUCUCCACGACAUGGCAGGUCCAGACCUUCUUCAACGGUUCAAGAGUCGUCCUCUGAAUCUGAUGAAGGGGAUGCAAGGGGAGAGAUUUUUGACAUCUACAUGGUCACCGCUGACUACACGCCGAUGGGUGCUGACCGUGAAACCAUCACCCUGAAGGAUGGGCAAUAUGUGGAGGUCCUGGAUUCUGCUCAUCCUCUGAAAUGGCUGGUUAGGACCAAACCCACCAAGUCCAGCCCCUCCAGACAAGGUUGGGUGUCUCCAGCCUAUCUGGAUAAGAGGUUAAAGCUGUCACCUGAUUGGGGUGUUCCAGAAGUUCCAGAGUUCCCUGGAGAAUCUGUUUCAGAGGAUGAAUAUAAAAAGAAAUUGAGCCUCAUUAUUCAGAACCUUCUGAACUCAGAGGAGGAGUUUGUCAAGGACCUGCAAUUCCUCCAGACCCAUCAUAUUCAGUACACUGAGACCUGCCCUGGCGUCCCUGCUGCUGUUUCCAAUCAGAAGCUCAUUAUCUUCAGAAACAUCACUGAUGUCACUCACUUCCAUUCCAACACAUUCUUCCCAGAACUUCAGAAAUGUGACACCGACGAUGAUGUGGCGAUGUGCUUUAUUAAGAACGAGGGGGACUUUGACAAGUACAUCCAGUACCUCGUUGGGCGUAUACAGGCCGAGUCUGUUGUGGUCAGCAAAGCUGUUCAGGAGUUCUAUAAGAGAUAUACAGAGGAAAUAUUAUCCAGUGAAGACCCUUCGCAGCCACCUAUACUUCCUCUGCAACACUAUCUAGAGAGACCAAUAAACAGGAUCCAGAAGUAUCAGACUGUGAUCAAGGAGCUAAUCCGAAACAAAGCAAGGAGCAGCCAGAACUGUGCUCUGUUGGAGCAGGCUUACGCUAUUGUGUCUGCACUCGCUCGACGAGCAGAAAACAAUCUCCAUGUGUCACUCAUUGAGAACUAUCCAGGAACCCUAGAAAUCCUGGGGGAGCCCAUCCGACAGGGACAAUUCAUUGUCUGGGAAGGGGCACCUGGAGCCAGGAUGGCCUGGAAGGGUCACAAGCGACAUGUCUUCCUUUUCAAGAGUUACCUCCUAGUCUGCAAACCCAAACGAGAUACUAAGACGGACACUUACAGCUACAUCUUCAAGAACAUGAUGAAGCUGCCAAACAUAGACGUGAAUGAUCUUGUGGAAGGAGAUGACCGGGCAUUUGAAAUCUGGCAUGAGCGGGAAGACUCAGUCCGCAAAUAUCUGUUCCAAGCCAGGACUGUCAUCAUCAAGAAUUCUUGGGUGAAGGAAAUUUGCGGUAUCCAGCAACGCAUCAGCCUCCCUGUGUGGGAUCCGCCAGACUUUGAGGAGGAACUGGCUGAUUGCACAGCUGAGCUUGGUGAAACUGUCAAAUUAGCCUGUCGUGUAACAGGGACACCCAAGCCAAAUGUCUCCUGGUAUAAAGAUGGCAGGCCAGUGGAAAUAGAUCCUCAUCAUAUCAUCAUUGAAGAUCCCGAUGGUUCCUGCACAUUGAUCCUUGACAACCUGACAGGUGUUGAUUCUGGGCAAUACAUGUGCUAUGCUUCCAGCCCAGCUGGCAAUGCCAGUACCCUGGGAAAGAUCCUUGUUCAAGUGCCUCCCCGAUUUGUGAAUAAGGUUAAGCAUGCUUACUACGCUGAUGGAGAAGAUGCACAAUUUACGUGCACCAUUGAAGGAGCACCUUACCCACAGAUCAAGUGGUAUAAGGAUGGAAAUCUGUUGACAGACCCAAAUAAACACCAGAGUUUCAGUGAACCACGGAGUGGUGUUAUAGUCCUUGUGAUCAAGAAUGCAUGUAAGGAUGACCUGGGAUUCUAUGAGUGUGAGCUGGCAAACAGAUUAGGGACUGCAAAGAGUGGUGCUCAGCUCUACCACCAGAGCGCAGCGGCAUUGGCUCAAGAGAGGAGGCCGGAUCAAGCCAUCACAGUUGAAGUGGAACAGCAGGGAACUACUGGCAACAUUCCAGACAAAAGGGGGAAAUUACCCAGCCCAAGCACUGCUCAGAAGAACAUGCCUCUCCAGGAUGAUGGGAUUCAAGAGGACUCCGUUCCUAUUACAAGGGCUCCCCAAGUCAUGGAUGGAACACAGAGGCUCAGGAGUGAUGGAGCAGAUAUCAUCUGGGAUGUGCAGAGGCAAGUUUAUGUUGAGACCACAGAGCGAACCGGUGUCUAUAAAACGGUGGACAAGAGAGCAGCAAGCCCACCAUACAUGCAGGUGACAAUCGAGGAUGUGCUGGUCCGAUGUGGGGAGAUGGCAAAGUUUCAUGCUAUUAUUGAAGGAAAUCCCCAGCCAACCAUUGCAUGGUUUAAGGGUAUUUUCUUGUUGACAGACAGUGAAAGGAUCUAUCAGUUCAAUGAAGGCACAAGCUACUCUUUGGUUCUAUACAACACAAAACCAGAAGAUGGCGGUGUCUAUACUUGCAUUGCUAAAAAUACAGAAGGGGAGGUCUUAUGCAAAGCUGAACUAGUGGUGCAAGAAGACAAGAAAAGCCAGGAGGCAAAGAAACAGAGCACAAGAAGAAAGCUCCAUGCUUUCUAUGAAGUUAAGCAGGAAAUAGGAAGGGGCUCCUUUGGUUUUGUCAAGAAGGUUGUCCACAAAGACAACCGAGUGUCCUGCGCAGCCAAAUUUAUCCCCCUGCGAAGCAAAACAAGGGAUCAGACCUAUCAGGAGAGGGAUGUUCUAGCUACCCUCUCCCACGACAGGAUCACCCAGCUGCUGGAUCAGUUUGAAACGCGAAAAACGUUAAUCCUUGUUUUGGAGCUAUGCUCUAACGAAGAGCUCUUGGACCGGUUGUUCAGGAAGAAUGUGGUGACAGAAACAGAGGUCAAGCAAUAUAUUAAACAACUUUUAGAAGGUAUUGGAUAUCUCCAUCACAACCAAGUACUUCAUUUGGACAUUAAGCCCCCAAACAUCUUGAUGGUUUAUGAUGACAGAGACGAUAUUAAGAUCUGUGAUUUUGGCUUUGCUCAAAAGAUAAAUCCGGCUGAGCCUCAGUACAGUAAAUAUGGGUCUCCUGAAUUUGUCUCACCAGAAAUCCUUUCUCAGUCACCAGUAUCAAUGGCAUCUGAUAUCUGGCCUGUUGGAGUCAUUAGCUAUUUAAGUUUGACGUGCAAGUCUCCAUUUGCUGGGGAAAAUGACAGAACAACUCUGCUAAAUAUCCAGAAAGGGACAAUUUCAUGGGAUAUUCCUGAUUUUGUUCAUUUGAGUGAAGAAGCAAAGGAUUUUAUCCAAAAGAUACUACAGAAAUCUCCAGGGGCAAGGCCUAGUGCAACGGAGUGUCUCUCCCACAGAUGGCUUGUGCAUAAUCCUCCGCUUGAAGAAUCUCAUUUUAUUGACACGAAGCAGCUCAAAUUCUUUAUCUCUCGAAGCAAGUGGCAGCGCUCUCUUAUGAGUUAUAAAUCUGUGCUGGUAAUGCGACCCAUACCAGAAAUCCUGGAGAAAACUCACAAAAACACCUCUCUUGGCAUCUCCCGACAUCUGGUAGAAGAAAGCAGCUCUUCUAGCACCAGUGGAUCAUCUUCAGACAAUGAGAUUGCAGUCUCCCCGGGGAGAAAACACUUAGGUCCUACACCAGAAUUGCACUUUCCUGUGCUUGAGGAAUCAAGUGAUUCGGAAUAUCCACUUACAACCAAGGUUAAGCACACUGAAGCCAUGCUGUCACCAGUCAAGCCCACAAGACAUAAACAGAUUUCAGUGAAGAGAGAACUGGGUGAUCACCCCCUGCAAGAACGUGAAGAACUAAUGCCUUUAGAGGCAGGUGCUGCAGAAGGGUUUGACAUGGCUUCUUCGCAAGAUAAAGCUUAUUUGUUGCUACCUGAAGAUGGUAAAAUGGAAAAAGUUGGAGAUGAAGUGGGAAGGUCCCCAGGAUGUGUCCCCCGACAUAGUGUGAUAAAAAGUACUUUCUACAGUCAGCUACCCGAGGGCCUUCCAAAGGGACCAUCAUCACCAGGUAAAGAUCAUAGGAAACACUUAGAAAAAGCAAAGAGGACCUAUAGGAAAGCAGGGUAUUCCAAAUCCGCAUUAAGUGGCCUGCGUGAACCCCUUCUAGAGCAGUUUGAAUUUGGAGAGGAAGGAGGAGGAAUAUCUGGUGAUGAAGAAACCGAAAAGUUCAGAGAAGGUGGGGCCGGACCCUUGACCAAAUCGGCUUCUUUUGAUACGGCUCAGAAAUCACCCCGGGUCACUUUCCAGGUUUCCAGCAGAAGCCGUUCAUUGGAUGAUUACAGGAUGCGAGCAACAAGUUUUGCCGAGGAGCAAUACAUUGAGGAAGAAGAAAGCGAAUCAAUUCCCCCAAGAAGUCCUGACCAGGUAGCCCAUCAGUAUCAUGCUUCUGAGGCUGGCAGCACAGCCAGCUCUGAAAAGUCUUUUACAAAGGGAGGCGCCACAGAAAUGGGCAAGGAGGAGCAGCAAGCUGGGAAAGAGGGUUUGGUUCAGAAACUACAGGUGAAGAAGAUUCCUGUUCUUCCAGGAGCUGAGGGCAUGGCUGAAUAUAAAGGAGGGCUGUUACAGCAGCCACCCAAAGCUCCCUUGCACAAGGACGCAGUGCCUGGCUUUCCAAAGGAAGAAAGCGCCACUUUGACUAUUUCACAAUUGGAGACAAUCCCAUUGGUUUCUCAUGAUGGUGAGAGAGGAGAGUCUCUCUUUGAUGAAGCAAAACUGACUUCUAGCCAGAGCAAAAGACCUGGGGUUUUUCAAGGUGAAAGCCCUGUUCUUCUAAAGCCUGCCCCUGUUCAAGGGACUUUUAAAAGUGGGGACCAGUUACCUCAGAUGCCUUCUGUUCAGAGUGGGGUACAACAAGCUGUUAAGGCAGAUGGUAAGAGUCCACAAGCCCAGGCGGUGCCUGUUGGUGCAGGCCAUUUGCCUGUACAUCAAAAGCCUUCUGUUUCCACUGAAGUGAUAGCUGCUGUCCCACACGGUAGAAGUUCAAGUAUUCCUACCUCACAAGCAGUAGCUUCUGCUGUAUCAGUCUCUGGGAAGAAAGAUCAGAAAAUUCAGAAGCCUUCAGCACCCAGUUUGGCAAAAUCUGCUGUGUCAGUAGGAAAGGGUCCUGAAAGUUCUCAAGCGAAAACUGCCUCAGUUUCGAUCUCUGAAGAUGGAAGCCAGAAGCCCUUAUACCAAACACCUACCAUGCACAGUGGAGUGAAGCCUGUUACAGAAGGCAGAGGCCCUGUUUGUUUAGAGGCUGUGCCUGUCCCUAAGGGAGAGAGCCAACACAUUCUACAGAAGAAGCCUUCUGCUUACAAUGAGGUGGUUUCUGGUGUCCUGAGAAGCACAAGUUCUGUUAUUCAAGCUGCUUCCCAAGUAGAAACUGCCCCUAUAUCAAUAUCUCAUGAAGAAAGCCAAAAAAGGUUGUUUCCAAAGUCUUCCUUUUAUAGUGAAGCAGUGCCUGUUCUUAGUGAAACUAGAAGCCACCCUCAACAAACAGAAACUGUCCAAAAGUUGAUCCAUGAGGGGGAAGACCUUAAACAUCUGCACCAGAGGUCUUCUGUUCCAACAGAGCAGAAGACUGAUGCCUUUGAGGGAGAAAGACAACCUAGCCUAACUACUUCUCAAGCAGGCCCGGUUAUAGUUUCUGCAAGUAAAAGUCAGGAAUGUGGGCCUGAGAAACCUUCAGUACACAGUGAGAUAACUUCUGAUGUCCUGAAGGGCAAAAGGCCACAUAUGUCAAUGGCUUCACAAGCCAAAACAGUUCCCACUUCCGUCUUCAGAGCUGAAAAUGAUGAGCUCCUUCAUCAUAUGCCAUCUGCUCCCAGAGAGCCAAAAUCUACCAUGCGGAGGGACCAAGGAACAUCUGUUCCAGUCAUGUCCCCAUAUUCAGUCUCUGGGGGAGAAAGCCCGAUCACUCGAAGGAAAACUCCAGCUUUCAUUUGUGAAGGAAGAAUCAUGGAAGACAUAUAUCAGAAAUCUUCCGUUUACAGUGAUACAGAGGCUGAAGCUCUGGAGAACUUAGUGGAUGAGAUGGUUUGCCUUUCAGAAGAGAUGAAUAUUUUGGCAGAGUCGGUUUCUGAGCAAGAGGGAUCCAGAAGGCACAUGUCCCCACCAAGGGAGCUGUUCUACCAAGGUCCACCUGGGCAAGCAAUGCGACCAGCAACCAGGUAUCUGGUACGAAGAGGAAAAAGAGAAGGGGGCAUUGGUUUAGCUGAUCCCUCAGAAGUAGAUGUUAUAUAUCCUGGAGAAGAAGAUUAUUUUGGUGUGCCACCUUUCAUGAGUAAGAAACCUCGAAUGGAUUAUGCAGGUACAGAAAUGUCAUGGCCAUCUCAGUUUGCUAGCUCUGAUUUUGGGGACAGAUUUGGCUAUGACUAUGGUAGCCAAGGAAGUGGUCGUAUGUACGAAAUUGCCCUGGUGCAGAUUCAAGACCUUUACGGCGACUUUCCUCGUCCAGACAGCAAGACAGCAAAAUAUGACAUCUCUGAAGUGGAACCUGCCUUCCUUAACCUCCAUGAACUCUAUGACAUUGUGUAUUACCCAUUUGAGUUCCUCAGCUUCAGAAAAGCUCCCGAGAAACUGCCCAGCAAAAGACGUUUGCCUUUAGGCGAAAAGGCAAAGUUGCCACUGGAGUCAAAAGCUCAUUCUCAUCAGGAGAAAAAAAUGUGCAUCAGGAAGGACAGCUUGCAAAGUGGUGCUGUGAGAGAAGCUCCCAGAGAUGAAGAUGAACCCACGUUGAUGCAAGAGUCGAAACAAGCCAAAGCACCCCGAAUGGGGAAAAGGUCCGACUCAGAAGGCGAUAUACCAGUUGGGUCUCAGCAAAUGUAUGGUCUCCCGGAAGAUCCAACUGGAAAGCGGAGGGGUUCUUUGCAAAGCAGACUGGGGCUCUUAAAACCUUUUGUCAGAUCUCAGUCAAUGGAGUUUGUAGAGCAAAGCCUAAAGAAGAAGAUGAAAGCAUCAGUCUCUCACUUGUCAAGAAUGCUGACAAGAAAGUCAUCCUCUGAUGGGGAAAGCCGAGAAGACUCUGAGGAGCGGAGGGGUGACCUACAGGAGAGGACGUCCUUGACAGAAGCUUCCGGACAUAUGAAGAAGAAAAUGGGGUUCCCUUCAUUCACACUCCCAAGCCUCAAAACCAAGGAGAAAGCACCUUCUUUUGUAGAAGAGCUCAGUGACCAGACAAUCGCCCUAGGGCAGUCUGUGACAUUGUCCUGCCGGACAUCUGCCCACUCAUCUCCUCACAUUGAAUGGUUCAAAGAUGGGGCAGCCAUUCGCAGCACGGAUCGGAUCUUGAUCUCAUCCACGCUCAGACACUUCCAGCUCUUAACGAUACUAGCAGCUACAGCAGAUGAUUUCGGCAUGUACACGUGUGUGGCCACCAACUCCCAGGGCACAGUUUCCACCUCCUGCAUAAUAAGGAAAGCAGAGGCACCUUCCAAUCCACCAUCUCCUGAUAUUGUGGAGAUCCUUGAAGAUGGAGUUCGGCUAGCCUGGAAACCGGUGGAGCUGAACACCCUUGUGACGUACUCUGUGUUGUGCAAGAAGGAAGAUGGGGAAUGGAAGACUGUGGCCAGUGAUAUCGCCGACUGCUGCUACACGGUCGAACAUCUCCCUCGGGGCUUAGUGUGCUCCUUCCGGAUCGCCUGCGUCAGCAAGGCCGGUGUGGGUCCAUACAGCAACCCAUCUGCCAAAGUGAAAAUUGGUGAAAAGGAUCCAGCAGCAUUUGAGUCUCCUGACCUAGAUGAUGGCAGCAUGACGGCUCCAGCCCAGGCGACGCAGCACCAAACCUACGCCUUCCAGACAGAGAUCAAAAGGGGACGCUUCAGCAUCAUCAAGCAGUGCAGAGAGAAGCUCAGCGGAAAUGCCCUGGCAGCCAAAAUAAUCCCCUACAGGCCAGAAGACAAGGAGGCUGUGCUCCAGGAGUACCACGUCCUGAGGAAGCUCCAGCACACCAACAUUGGGCAGCUGCAGGGGGCCUACGUGAGCCCACGCCACCUGGUGCUGAUUGUGGAACUUUGCGUUGGGCCUGAGCUGCUGCAUGCCUUGGCCAGAAGGUCAUCCUAUUCGGAGGUGGAAGUCAGAGACUAUCUGUGGCAAAUUCUCAGUGCUGUCGAGUACCUCCAUGCUCAGAAUGUCCUGCACUUGGACCUGAGGUCUGAAAAUAUGGUUAUUACUGAGCCAAAUCUGCUUAAACUCCUGGACUUUGGCAAUGCACAGUUCUACACACCAGACAGAGUCAUUACCUUGGAUGGGUGCACAGACUAUGUGGAAACUAUGGCUUCAGAACUCCUGUCCGAUAAAGGAGCUGUUCCUCAAACUGACAUCUGGGCAAUUGGUGUAACAGCGUUCAUCAUGCUGAGUGCUGAAUACCCCAUCAGCCCUGAGGCUGCCUGUGACUUUGGGAGGUUUGUCAAGCGAGAUAAAAUCAAGCUCAACAAAUGUUACGCCGGGCUUUCUGGAGGAGCCGUCUCAUUCCUCCAAAGCACACUUUCAUCUAAUCCAUGGAGGAGGCCAUCAGCAGCUGAAUGCCUUCAGUCCCCCUGGCUGCAGGAGACAGGCCUGGAUGAGAGGCAGCAAGCCACAGUUACUUUCUCCCCCACCAAGUUGCGGAACUUUUUAGCCGAGCGGGAGAGAAAAAGGGCCCUGCUUUGUUCCAAGUAUGGCCUGAUGACUGUGUAGUAAACCACAUGCAGACACGAGGGCCGUGAGGUUCUCUUCCAUCCCUGCAUCCCACUCACUGCUAAGAAUGUUUGACUGGUGCCUAAUUUAUUCUUAUUUUUUACUUCUGGACUGAAACGGGAUGGGCAGCUUCUUCUGCCGUUUGAGGUGCAGAUCGGCUGAAUUAGAGCGUUGUGGCUAAUGUGUAUAUUUCUGACAUACGCAAUUACAAGAAUCCAUGUGUCGUCAUGAAUGAGGAGGACACCAAGUCAAAGUUCAUGGACAGGUUUUAUUUAUCUUACAAGUGUGUGUUUCUGAAACUAUUAUUGUGGAGUGGAACAACUGUGGUUAAUACGGGCAGGAGGAAGUGAAAUGGGUUUCAACUAGAGGAAGAAGGCAGGUUAAGCAUUAUGGGAAACUUCUGUCCCUGUUCAACAAUGGAAUGAAAGCUGCCAAACGAACUUAUGGAAUUUCCUUUCUUGGAUUUGGUUUUGUUUUUAAAGGAGAUACUAGUCUGGACAGGAGCCACUUUCAGAGGAUGCUUUAAGCUAUCAAGUUUUAGGAUUAUGUUGCAUGUCCUGUUACACCCUUUCCAGGCUGUGAUUCAAAAGUGAAACUAUGUAAGCCCUUGGAAAUUUUUUAUGAUUUCUUAAUGACUUGAAAAUCAUCACCUGAAAUAGUGGGUAGGAGCUUGUCUUAAAAAAAAACACAAAAACUUUCUUUCCGUGCUUUGUAGGAUUUUUACAUCCAAAGUUUUCAAAUGUAACUCCACACUCAUGAGAAGUCCCUUAGAGAAUGUUUGGGGAGCACCAGGGUUCCUAAUGGAAUCUGAUAGCCCAGAGGAACAAUCUUGGCUGUUUGAUAAAGCAAUUCCUCAUUAAAUGCAAUUGGACGCUAAUCUAUAAUUUAAAAAAUGUCCCCCCCUUAUUGCUGUGGAAAUCAGAUCUGGUAAGCUGGAACAGCCAAGAUCAAAUAAGUGCAUUCCAAGCUGGCGGAGUCUUCCUUGUUUGGGUUGGCAGUGGAGUUGGCCUACAGGGUUGGCAUGUUGCAUAUGUCCCUGUGGCAACCCUACAUGUCCUGUACCACAGAAAAAUCUUAUUUCAAAAAGGUAAGCCUUACCCUUCCAUCAGUUGUUGCUGUCAGGAGAGGAGAGCUGGUCUUGUGGUAGCCAGCAUGACUUGUCCCCAUAGCUAAGCAGGGUCUGCCCUGGUUGCAUAUGAAUGGGAGACUUGAUGUGUGAGCACUUCAAGAUAUUCCCCUCAGAGGAUGAAGCCGCUCUGGGAAGAGCAGAAGGUUUCAAGUUCCCUCCCUGGCAGCAUCUCCAAGAUAGGGCCAAGAAGGAUUCCUGCCUGCAACCUUGGAGAAGCCGCUGCUGCCAGUCUGGGAAGACAAUACUGAGCCAGAUAGACCAAUGGUCUGACUCAGUAUAUGGCAGUUUCCUAUGUUCCUAUGUUCCAGAUUAGUUUCAAAAUUCUUGAGGGAUGGUGUGGCCAGUUACUUAAAAUAAACACAAUAAUUAAAGUGGAACAUACUUGCUACAAUUACAGAAAAUUUAAGAUGAUGUGUUGAGGCUGAUGUAAAUGCAUCUUUAAUGCUUCUGAAUGACACAAGGGGAGUGUGGAAUAAAUGGAGUCGGGAGACAGAAUAUCAUUAAGUGAAAUCUGUAAUGCUGAAUGCACCUGUUUGACUGCUUCAGGGAUGCCUGCUUUUCUGUUGGGGUUCAAGGGCAUCAUUUCUCCAGUGGAACCACAGAAGCAAGAGAUACCACCGACAUCCUGUGAGCUCUCUCUUGCUUUAAGGUCCCGUUAAUUCCUGGUGGCUGGAAAGUCAGAAACAUCUCCUUGUGCGCAGUCUCCACAGGUAAAGAGAUUUGUCCACAUAGGAGAAUCCUUCAUAGUCUUAUUAUCUGAACAAGUCCUUGGAAACUUUUGCUCUAACACAGGUAGGGCUGUCUUGUAGUCCUGGGUGUCUUUUUGGCAAAAAAAAAACAAGGCUUGGCUGCAAUGCCAUUCCUUCUGAAGUACAAUUGUAAUCUAAUCUGCAAUAAAGUGUUCUUUGUUCCACUGCUGAAUUCAGACUUGGCAUGCUGCUCCUGGCAGAACAGUCAAAAGUAAAUGAUGUGUUCCAAGCCUGCUGGUUUUAACUUGUCGAGUUGGCAAUGUGUGUGGCCAGUCGUUCAGAGAAGCCAAAUGACUGGCAACCUUCUGAUUUUCUCCCAUUUAGGAGGCUAAACAAUCCAUUGAUCAGCGUGCUCUUCAGAGUUGCAUUACUUGCUUUGCUAUCUAUCUUGCAGCAUGCUAAGUUCAUGGAACUGGUUGGAUCAUGUUCUAAACUGCUGAGAAGGGGCAGUUCCAUGGACUUUGGUGAAAGUCUCUAUCUGCUGAUAAUCUAGUGCUAUUGAAGGAUGAUGCAACUAUUUAGGUUGUUAUUUUAGGAUGCAAUAAAACCCAUCACUUCAGUGUCAAACACUGUCAACUUCAUAGACAGAAAUGCUGGCUCAAACGCAUACAGAGCACAGGUCCUUAUGACAAUGCUUCAACAGUGCUGAGAACUGAAGUGUGGUUUCCAAAGGUAUUUUAGACGGAGCAUCCCAAUAUGUUUGACUCAGUGCCCCAGAGGAACUUGAAUCAGGCUGGAAAAAAUAGACUGUGGAGCUUUGAAUUGCAGAAUAAGUCGUUUCCAUCUAGUGCAAAGACUCUCAGUACUGAAACUAAAUUAGCUGCAUUACCAGAAUAUUCCUUGGAACAUUCAUACCUGCAAGAUGAGAGUCUCCUUUUCAGGGAAGGAAAGAGUUGCCAUAAAACACCCCUGGACUUAGGCACUUGCUAUCUUUGAAAUGUUGCUGCGGUUUAACUGUUUGAGCUUCUAUGUGAAGGGGAAACCAAUCACCAUGUGUGAAGGGAAAAUGUUUUUAUUUUAAGAAAGGAUUGUUUUAAAAAUCUAAGCAUCUGGACUCAUUUUUGUUCUUAUGUAUAUGAUGUGAAUGGAGUGAUACUGUUCCUCUCCUGUUUGCAUGCAUUUUGAGCAUGACUGAAGAUACUGAUGAACACGAUGCUGUUCUCUUAAAUAAAUUAUUUUAAUAAAGAGUU